GUUGUUGAAGAAAAUUUCGUAAGUACUGUUUUUUGAAGUGCGGGACAUUGUUUGCUAGUUCAGGUUGCACACCGGAGUGUCCAUAAAGUAGAGUGUGAAAGGUUAGAACAGCAAAUGAAGCGUGCUGAUAUUUUGAAUGAUUUUCCUUUCAGUUUUACUCGAGAAGCAACUGUUCAGCAGGUACGGGAAAGAUGUGAAACUCGAUGCUCUUUCUUGAUGAAACGGGGAGUUCAUUGUUCGGGAAUGUGGAUGUAUGAAUGUAGAUGCGGGGCAUUAACUAAUUCUCAAUGUCCCACAAGACCAAUUGAAGGUUGGAGUCUUUCAGGCUCAUUAUGUCCUUGUAAAGGGCCGCCAUCCCCUAUACCGAAACAAAUUACUUGUUGGAAGGACUACUAUGAAUGGAGGUGCAUCCCGCUUUAUUCUCCUGUUGCUUUGCUUCUUCAUUGGCCGCUGACAUUAUAUUGGGCUAAUCAGCUUGUAAUGUCAAGAAGCUUGGAUGAUAUAGUUGGCAAGAAGUUUUGUAUACAUUACCUAGGGCCAGAGAAAGAGCUACAUCAACUUGGGGCCUUUGGUGAACUAAUUGCUCUUUUCCCUGGAGCAGGAGUGCGUAUAGACUUUGUUGGGCCUGCAAUUCCACAAGAAAGCCAUAAGAGAGGUGUGAGGUCCAGUCUAAGUGAAAAGGCUGGGAAUUUGACGGAGGUCGCUGGUUGAUUGAAGUGUGGAAGAUACAAGCAGGAAAAACAGCAGUUAUCUCAAACUAAAUGACAUCAUCCUUUCUUUGUUUGGCCUGGAUUAGCUGGAGGGAUGGUGAGAGAAUUGACAUCUGCAGUUAUGCUCAAUGCACAGAUAGAGACUGUGAAUGCAAAUCAGAUAUCCACUUUGUUAAGCCAUUGUCGGAUAGAUCUUGUUCAGUCACGUUACAGCUUCAUGCUGGUUGUUACCAUGACGUUUACACAGAAUUGAUGAAG